UGAUGACUUGUGACACAGGAGACUCAAUGUUGAACUGAGCACUAGGCAGCUCAGUGAUUUGGUAGAGAGCGUCCUAUGUGAUUUGGUUCUUUAAUGUUCAAAUCCCAUUCUUGAUCACCACUGACUUAACUCCUGGAGAGCAGAGAUGCAGGGAGGAAAGUGCCUGUUUUGAGUAACUCUCCAAGGAGUUCAACCAUGAAGCGGAAACAAAAGACAAAACAUCUGGAAAUCACAUACUCUCCCCAAGCUGCAAAGAUAUCAAGAGGAAAUUUGAAUUUAUACAAAGAUGUCCUGCAACAAAAACAAAAGGCGCCAACCCCAGCUUCAGACCAGAAAGCAGGGGAUGCUGCUUCUUCUUCCUCACACUAUUUCUCCUGCAUCUCAUCUGAAGACAAGCUCAAUGGUGCAGGAGUCUCCACUGCACAAACACGUCCUCCACAAGCCGGGUACUCUUUGGAAGAGAAGAUCCUGGUCCAUGAGGCAAGAGAGACAUCCUCCCAAUCAGAAUACCACACCUGCCAGUCCACUUUGCACAAGCACCCUCAUGCUGGUAAGGGGAAGGCAGGACCGCCAAGGCCAGGCAGAUCAGUGCAGGGGGAAGGAAUUGAAGCCUUCCACAAAUGUGCUCCACAACCUGAGUACUCUUUGGAGGACAAGACCCUGGUCCACAAGGCAAAAGACAUAGCCUCUGAAUCAGAAUAUUAUACCUGCCACUCCACUUUGUCAAUGCCCACUCGUGCUGGUAAGGGGUAGGCAGGAUAGCCAAGGCUAGGCAGAUCAGUGCCGUGGUGGUCAGCAGACCUGCAGGCACUCUGUUAUUCCAUGGCAUUCACUGAUCCCUACCUAAUGGCUACUGGAGAGAAUGAUGUGCUGAAGACAAAGAGCAGACGCAAUCCACAAGAAUAUGGUUAAAUAAAGACACUUAAAAAAUAGGAAAUAAAAUAAUGUAGAAAACACUAA